AUAUAUCCUGCAGCUGAUGUCUCUUUAAUUUCUCUAUAUAUGGAUUCAUGUUUAAAAAUGAUUAUUAUUGUGAUCAUCAUAAUUGAAAGAAAGAUUGACCAUAAAGAAUAAUAAUGGUCUUUGAAUCCAUCGAAACAAAUUGUUUUAUCCUGACACACAAGAAAUAUAUUACAUAUAUUAAAUGUUGGUCAAUUAAAGAGGCUACCACAUAGUGAGUGUGACUGUCAUCUUCUUCACGGUGCCUGCCUUUGUCCCCAAUUUUGUUACCCACAACAGCUUCCCCCACUCGAAUCUUGUCAUCCUUCUUUCCAAAUAUCUGUUACACGAGUCUAAACAAGCUACCCAGCUCAAUCGGUUGUGGGUUUUUAGUAUCCGGUUAAAGAUCACCGGUGCACACCAGGUGUUUGUGAAAUGUCCCCUGUGAAGUCGCCUGAAGAGUUUGGUGAUCUGGGUGUUGGGAAACAAGAUAAGAUUGUAGUUGAAAAGGAUGAAGCAGAAGAGCUCCCUCCAGGGUGGACAAAGGAAGUGAAACUAAGAAAAACAGGUUCUGCAACAAAAGUGGAUCGGUAUUAUACGGAUCCUGUCACUGGAUACAUAUUCCAUUCGCUUAAAGAUGUGCAGCGGUAUCUCAAAACCGGAAAAUUAGGAAGACUAGCAACUAAACCGAAGAUAGUGGAAGGAGAAGACCCGAGUGAGUUAAAGCAACAGAUGAGUGAAACUUUGAGGAAUAAGCGGGAAGAUAAGCCUGAUAUGCCUGCACGCGCUUCAAAACGACUAGCGGGCAUCAACAAUGAUGCAAUACUACCAUCACAGCCGAAAACCCGUCAAGCUAUACGACUGGCUGGAAUCAAUGCUGAUGCACCAUCACUGUUACAGUCAUUAACAGAACCUGAAACCCGUCAAGCUACUCGACUAGCAGGAGUGGUGGUUGAUGCAUUACCAUCACCGCCAGAGCCUAAAACUCGUCAAGCGACACAAGUAGUGGAAGUGGUAGUUGAUGUAUCACUACCAUCACCGUCACCGCCAGAACCUAAAACUCGUCAAGCUACACGCCUAGCGGGAGUGGCGGUUGAUGCAUCACUAUCGCCGCCCGAGCGUAAAACUCGUCAAGCUACACAACUAGUGGGAGUUGCAGUUGACGCGUCACCAUCACCACCAGAGCCUAAAACUCGUCAAGCUACACGACUAGCGGGAGUUUCAGUCAAUGCGUCACCGUCAUCACCGGAGCCUAAAACUCGUCAAGCUACACAACUAGCGGGAGUUGCAGUUGACGCGUCACCAUCACCACCAGAGCCUAAAACUCGUCAAGCUACACGACUAGCGGGAGUUUCGGUCAAUGCGUCACCGUCAUCGCCGGAGCCUAAAACUCGUCAAGCUACACGAUUAGCGGAAGUGGCAGUUGAUGCAUCACUAUCAUCACCAUCGCCAUCACCACCAGAGCCUAAAACACGUCAAGCUACACGACUAGCGGGAGUGGCAGUUGAUGCGUCACCAUCAUCAGCAGAGCCUAAAACUCGUCAGGCAACACAAUUAGAGGAAGUGGCAGUUAAUGCAUCACAACCGUCACCAUCACUGCCAGAGCCUAAAACUCGUCAGGCUACACAAUUAGCGGAAGUGGCAGUUGACGUGUCACCAUCAUCACCAUCACCGCCAGAGCCUAAAACUCGUCAGGCUACGCGUUUAGCGGAAGUAGCAGUUGACAAGUCACCAUCAUCACAAUCACCACCAGAGCCUAAAACUCGUAAAGCUACACGACUAGCGGGAUUGGCAGUUGAUGCGUCACUGUCAUCACCGGAGCCUAAAACCCGUCAAGCUACACGACUAGCGGGAGUGGCAGUUAAUGUGUCACCAUCACCGCCAGAGCCUAAAACACGUCACACUACACGACUAGCGGAAGUAGCAGUUACUGCAUCACUACCAUCAUCAUCAUCACAGCCAGAGCCUAAAACUCGUCAAGCUACACGACUAGAUGAAAUGGCAGUCGAUGCAGCAUUACCAUCGCCAUCACCGCCAGACACCAGUCGCAAUCGCCAAGCUACAAAACAACCUGAAAUCAAAAUUGAUGCAUCAGUACCCUCACUACCAUCACCAUCACCGCCAGAACCUAAAACUCGUCAAGCUACACCGCUAAAGAGAACAGAAAUUGGCCCAUCACCUCCAUCUCAGCCAGAGCCUAAAACCCGUCAAGCCAAACGGGCAGCUGGAAUCCGAGAUAACGCAUCACCAUCACGGCCAAAAACUCGCCGAGCUACAGAGCAAGCUGGAAUCAAAAUCAACUCACCACCACCAUCACCGCCAGAUGCCAGAACUAGCCGCCAAGCUACCCGUACUAAACAGGGUAGAUCGAGUACUCCAAAAGAAAUUGACAAGAACACUGAAGCGGAAAAGAUCACCGACAAGCACAAUGAUAAUGCUGACAUGGAUAUAAUUACCCCUCCAAAUCAAGAAAGUAACGGGAAGCAAGAACCGCAUAUUAUAUCGCCUCCGGUGACUCCUAAAGAACACAAUAAACAGAUUGAAACGGGACCCACCACAUCGCAGCCCCCUGAAGCUCAACCACCACCUACCGUCGUUCCUCUAGUGAAUAUCGAGAAACAAGAAUCCCAUGUGGUUAACCCCACGAUUAGCAAUCCAGUUCCACAAGACAGUUACAAUUACGGAAGUGAUAUGAAACCUGACUCCUCGAUCAACUUUUCUAUGAACGAUUUGUGGACAGACCCAUGUAUCGAAUUUGCUGUAAAAACACUCACGGGUGCAAUCCCCUUUACGGAUUUGAACAAAGUUGAAAACUUUACCGCGCCAGCAGAGGUGCCGUUACAAGAUUUCUGGACAGACCCGUGUAUCGAAUUUGCGGUAAAAACGCUCACAGGCGCGAUUCCUAUUGGGGAAGAUGAUUAUUUACUGCACAGACCUGCUAGCAGUUCAAAUCCGCAAGGCCUGCAUAACUUCUCUUCACCGAUGAAUGUCUGUCAAACGGGACACAAAAAUAAGCAGCAGGAUUCAGUGUUCACGACACUCGGAAACAGCGGGUUACAGAAAUCGGGUAAGUUUGUUAACGGGGAUUACGGGCAAUGUUCGAGAUCGAGGUUCUUUCAGUAAGUUGUAAGUUAAAAUGUGCAGUUUGUAGACUGAUUAGAGUGUACGUUAGUUGUAAGGUAUUUUGUGUUUGUUCAUGUUGUUUUUUUAUGGAGUUUCUGAUAAAUUGUUGUUGUAAACUGUAAUUUGAGAUGAUAAAAGCUGAUGAUAGCUAGAUCUUACGAUUUAAAUCAGUUUAUUUUUCUAGUUUU